AUUUAAUUCUCACUUCACUUUGUACACACUUGAGGGCACGAGGAUUCAUCAUUAGCUGAGGUUGUAGCUCAGGCCCAGGACUUAUCCUUUAAUAUCUUCUAUAUAUAUAUAUAUAUGUAUUCCCUCGGUGAGGAUUGAGAAAGAUGCUCAGUUAUCGACCAGUUCUUUCUUCUGCUGCUCUCUACUCUGUUCACUUUCUGUCCCGCCUAAGGUCAGCCCUCGCCCUCUUCUGGGGAUGGACAGUCUCGGCCUUCUUUGGUAUCCUAAAGCAUAAAGGGACAAAGGCUCCUCUUAUUCAGAAAGAUGCUAAACUGUUGGAAAAGAUACCGUAUCAUCUGGCAUUUGUAAUGGCAGAGGAGGAUAUUUAUCACGAGUAUUUGGUUCGAUUGAUAGCUUGGGCCUUCCUCUCCGGAGUACAAUAUGUAUCCAUAUACGAUCAGAGAGGAAAGCUAAAAAGUGAUGUAGUAAAGCUCCGGCGGUUGGUGAAUGAUCAAUACCAAUCAUUAGUUAACUCACUUUCAACACUGAUCAAUGUAGUAACCACUGAUGACAUUGGUAAAACCACCACACCAGGAACUAACACAGGUUUAUGGCUUCUGGUCCUAUCAAGUGAUGAUGGACAUAACUCUAUUGUAAAUGUUGCCAAGUCACUUUGUGAAGAGGCACAGGUUUCAUCGAUAAAACCACAUGUAGAUAUUUCUAUCAUCAGCAGCAAAAUAUCCAUAUCGAAUUUCCUACCAGAUCCUGAUUUAGCAAUUGUAUGUGGCAGUACCAAGUCAUUACUGGGAUAUCCUCCAUGGACAUCUCCACUAACAGAAAUAAUGUGGUUAUCUUCUCAUUAUAAAUGCAGCUACUUUGAAUUUCAUUCUGUCCUGUAUCAAUAUGCACAAAGUCAACAGAGAUAUGGGAAAUAACAUUUAGUCGGACAAUAUUAAAUUUAAAAUAAUUACAGUCGAUGGUUAUUUAAUUUCUUAUUUUUGUGGUUUCAUGUUAAUAAAUUAUUUUGAUUACCAGCUAUAAAUUAACAACAGAUUCAUUCAGCAG